AACAUCGCUACCUCGGGCAUCUCAUCUUUCUUCCAACCAUCUCAUCACCACCACCACCCACCUUUAUCUCAGACGACAUCUAUUCGAAUCUAUCUCAAUACCACCGCCUUCAUCACAUACAUAAUGUUCCGUCGUUUGGUAACAGUCGCUCCUCGCUCGGUGGGCACUCUGGUGUCGCCUCGCGUCACCCCGGCCCUUUCCGGCCUGCAAACCGCCACCCCCAUCUCCAGAGUCGCCCCUGCCUUCCAACGGAGAGGAUAUCACGAGAAAGUGCUCGACCACUACAACAACCCCCGAAACGUCGGAUCGCUGAAGAAGGGUGACGUUGAUGUCGGAACUGGCCUCGUCGGCGCUCCCGCCUGUGGCGAUGUCAUGAAGCUGCAGAUCCGCGUCGACAAGGACACCAACAAGAUUGCCGAGGUCAAGUUCAAGACUUUUGGCUGCGGCAGUGCCAUCGCCAGCUCCAGCUAUUUGACCGAGUUGGUGCGCGGCAUGUCUCUGGACGAUGCUGGCAGAAUCACGAACAACGAGAUUGCCAAGGAGCUGUGUCUUCCUCCUGUGAAGUUGCACUGCUCCAUGCUUGCCGAGGAUGCCAUCAAGAGCGCCAUCAACGACUACUACACCAAGAACCCCAAGGCCGCCAAGACCGACCUGGGUGGUACCGGCGCUUCUCUCCCCGAUAUGAAGAUCGAGGUUGAGAAGACCGACGGUACUCCCGCCUCCUUGUAAAUCUUUUAAGGAAGCAUCAUAAAAGAACAAAAAAGCAAAACACCCAAAAAAAAGAAAGCAUGAUACCUCUUGUCGAUACCAGUUGAAGAGAUUUUUUUUUCCUUUGUUGAGAGUUGUAUAGUUGCGCUCGUUCGAUGCCUAUGCUUGAAAUACCGGAUGGUUGAAAACGAGCGUGGCGAGUAUGUUUUAAUGCAUGGAAUUUUUGGCGUCGUCAUUCCAGUAGCAAGACUGAUUUGGCUUCGAUUGUAUAAGUUUAUCUCAUUUAUUUCUUACUAUUUUUUUUUUCUUUUUUUAUUUGUCUCGCAGCAAGGAAAGGCGACGUGAUAUAUUUGAACAGCAGCGCUUACUUGUCACAUCAUU